AUGCCCGGAUACCGCCUCGAGCUCGCCGCGUCCAACCGCUCACAGUGCAAUGGCCCCAAGCCUUGCAACAAGACCAAAAUCCUCAAGGGCGAGCUGCGUGUCGGCACCUGGGUCGAGUUCAACGGUAACGGCACCUUCAAGUGGCGUCACUGGGGAUGCACCACGCCCAAGAUCAUCGCCAACAUGAAGGAGUCGUUUGACGAGGCCGACGAGCUCGACGGCUUCGAGGACCUCGAUGCGACCAACCAGGGCAAGAUCCGCCAGGCCUGGCAGGAGGGCCACGUGGACCCCGCCGACAUUCCCGAGUCGGCCAAGAAGCCCGCCGAGUCCGAGGCCGAGGACGGCGACGCCGCUGAUGCCAGCCCCAAGAAGAAGAAGGCUCCCGCCAAGAAGGCUGCUCCCAAGAAGGCGGCAGCCAAGAAGGAGGCGAGCGACAGCGAGGAGGACGAGAAGCCCAAGAAGAAGGCUGCUCCCAAGAAGGCAACUCCCAAGAAGGCCGCCCCCAAGCCCCGCAAGAAGAAGGCCGCGACCCCGUCCUCGGAGGAAGAGGACGAGGAGUCUGACCUGAGCGAGAGUGAGCCCGAGCUCAGCGACAGCGAGCCCGAGGAGUCGUUCAGCGAGAGCGAGGAGGAGAAGCCCAAGAAGAAGAAGGCCGGCGGCAGGAAGAGCAAGCGCGACGACACCGAGUCGGACGACGACGAGCCCAAGUCCAAGCGCAGCAAGCCCGCGUCCAAGGGCAAGCCUGCUAGCAAGGGCAAGCCUGCGUCCAAGGACAAGCCCGCUAGCAAGGGUAAGCCCGUCUCGAAGCGCAAGGUCGUCGCCGCGAGCGAGAGCGAGAGCGAGUAA